AUGAGGCUAGUCCGAAAGGGCCAGACUAUCGGGAUCACCGAGAGGAAAUAUCAGCAGUUUGUUGUUGAAUACCAGCCCGUGGAAACCGAAUUCCCGGAUUUCAACAAGAUCCUCGACCUGCCUCUCAAGGAGACGGCAAGCUUUGGCACGCCCGUCUUGGUCACCCUGGUCAAUGGCUUUGCACAAGCUAGGCCUACAAAGGGGGAAGGUCAGAAGGCAAGUCUCCGCCGUCCACCUGACGAGGAAAGAGACAAGCCGUGCUACGAGAUCUGGAUAGACUGGACCGACCUUGCGAGAGACCACGAGAACUACGUCCGUGUGAUGUUUAUCACAGACGCCUUCUCUGGAAUGGUCUUUCCCUACUUCAUGAAGACCUACAAGGCAAAGGAACACGGAGCUGUCUUGAAAGACUUUUCCUCCUUUAUGCUCGCUCGCUUUGGAUUUAAGACGAAUGUCGUGCGCUCUGACGGCGAGCUCUUCACGAAGAAAAUCUCAGCCUGGAUGAGGAAGAAAGGGAUGACAAAGGCGAUGUCAGCUUCCAACACUCAGGACCAGAAUGGUGGAGCCGAGAGGAAGAAAAAUCAGCUCUCACAUCUUCGUGCGUACGGCUGCCGAGCCUACGCAAUGACAGCAAAUGCACAGCUUGGAUUGAGGAAGAGGUGGAAGCUCGACCCGAGAGCUCACAUCGGAUACCUCAUCGGUUAUAAGUCUACAAAUAUUUUCCUAAUUUGGAUCCCUCUCUUGAAGAAGGUCAUUGCAACGAGAGAUGUUGUCUUUGACGAGUAUACGUUCUUCGAAGGAGGAGGCGAGCGGAUGCCGCUGCCUGCGAGCAUCGGAGAGAUGAUCCAACAGAUUGAAAUCCCGGAAGACCAGACGGCGAAUCAGGCCAUCCUUGACGAAGAGACCGAUGAAGACACUGAUAUCGAGGACCUCGAGGAUGAUGACAUCAGAAUGGCUGAAGAUAACGAAGUCGAGGAGCAGGGACAACAACAAAGCGAAGAGCAGGAAAGAAGACUACGGGCGAGCGGGAGCUGGAAGAUGCAUACCUAA